CGUCGUCAUCGGGUAAGCAAAACAAGAGGCACGAAGUGAUCGAACGCGCAACCCAGAACGAGGCGGAGCCAGGCAGUCACUUUGCCGCCCAGUAUAUCCUUUUCUUCCGCAUCUGACUUCUGUUGACUUGCACCGCCAACAUGAACAUCAUCAAGCUGCAAAAGAAGUACCCCCAGUUCGAGCAGGGCGAGAUCUUUGGCCUGCAAGAUGCCUUCCGGAAGCUCGACAUCGACGACAAGGGCUACCUCGACGAGGGAACCGUCAUCAAGGCCGCGCAGCAGUCGGAGCACCAGCCGUACGACGUGGUGCGACAAGCCCUAAAAGAGGUGGAACUAGACAGCUCGAGAAGAGUAGAGCUUGACGACUAUGUAGAUCUCAUCUCCAAACUGCGCGUCUCGUCUCCUGCCCAACAGCGCAUGUCAACCGGCCCAACCCGACCACGAGCCGGCACAGCUUCAAGCGUCAACUCGCCUUCCAACCCUGGGCAUGCCUCGAAAGGCAGCGUCGGUGGCGGCAGGAUCCAGGUCCAGGGCUCUUCUGCAAAUGUCACCCACACCAUCAACGAAGAUGAGCGAACCGAGUUUACGCGCCACAUCAACGCCGUCCUCGCCGGCGACCCAGACAUCGGCGACCGCCUGCCCUUCCCCACAGACACGUUUGAGAUGUUCGACGCCUGCAAGGACGGCCUGGUCUUGUCCAAGCUCAUCAACGACAGCGUACCGGACACCAUUGACGAACGUGUGCUGAACAAGCCGGGCAAGAAGAUCAAGUCGCUCAACAACUUCCACUUCACAGAGAACAACAACAUCGUCAUCGAGUCGGCCAAGGGUAUUGGAUGCUCAGUGGUGAACAUUGGCAGCGGAGAUAUCAUUGAAGUACGCGAGCAUUUGAUUCUGGGUCUGAUCUGGCAGAUCAUCCGGAGAGGUCUGCUGGGCAAGAUCGACAUCAAGCUGCACCCUGAGUUGUACAGGCUAUUGGAAGAUGACGAGACAUUGGAGCAAUUCCUGCGUCUGCCACCGGAGCAGAUCCUGCUGAGAUGGUUCAACUACCACUUGAAGAACGCCAAGUGGCACAGGACUGUCUCCAACUUCUCGACCGACGUCAAGGACGGCGAGAACUACACUGUUCUCCUCAAUCAGCUGGCCCCCGAAACCUGUUCACGCUCGCCGCUACAGCAAACCGAUCUCCACCAGCGCGCGGAGAUGGUGCUGCAGAAUGCCGACGCUCUCGACUGCCGCAAAUUCCUUACACCUACAUCUCUGGUGGCUGGAAACCCGAAGCUCAACCUGGCUUUCGUCGCCAACCUGUUCAACACACACCCCUGCCUUGACCCCAUCACCGAGGAGGAGAAGGCUGAGAUUGAUGACUUUGAUGCCGCGGGAGAGCGCGAGGCUCGUGUCUUUACUUUGUGGCUCAACUCUCUUGACGUCAAGCCGGUCGUACAAUCCUUCUACGAGGACCUCAAGGACGGUACAGUCAUUCUGCAAGCAUACGACAAGGUCAUUCCAGGCAGCGUAAACUGGCGACACGUUAACAAGCCACGCGAAGGCCAAGAACUGAUGCGCUUCAAGGCCCUGGAGAAUACCAACUAUGCCGUCGAGCUUGGCAAGCAGGUCCAGUUCUCGCUACCAGGUAUCCAGGGUGCUGAUAUCACCGACGGUCAACGCACAUUGACUCUCGGUUUGGUAUGGCAGCUGAUGCGCAAGGACAUCGUAGCUACCCUCAACGGCCUCGCUCAACGCCUCGGCAAGCGCGAGAUCUCCGACGCGGAUAUGAUCAAGUGGGCCAACGAUAUGGCACGCAAGGGCGGCAAGGGCAGCCAAGUCCGCUCUUUCAAGGACUCGUCUCUCGCCAACGCCGUCUUCCUGCUCGAUGUCCUCGCCGGCAUGAAGCCCGCAUACGUCGACUACGACCUCGUAAACCAGGGCCGCAACGACGACGAAUGCUACCAGAACGCCAAGUUGGCCAUCAGUAUUGCGCGAAAGAUGGGCGCCACCAUCUGGCUCGUACCCGACGACAUUGUUGCCGUACAGAGCAGACUUAUCACUACCUUCAUUGGUAGCUUGAUGAGCACGCAUGAGAAGACGGGUGGACAAUAA